AUUGCGUGAUUAGGCAUGUAAACAACAUGGAGGAAGAAGUACCGAGUGGAAGCGAUAAUAUCGUUGCAGAAUUUGCAACAUACGAGGAGUUUCUUGACUCUCACAUCAAACCAAUUGAUUUGUUCUAUUUAGAGGAUCAAGAGCUUGCCAGACAGGUGAUUGAGCUAGGAUAUAAAGGCAGUGGAGGAGAGGUACUAAGAAGGGAAGAAUUUGAAGCAAGGAAACAGGCAGCUGAAGCCAGCAGACUCUCAAAGAGAAGUCAACAAAAAACUUUGGCAAGUUCUGGGAAGGAUAUCAAGGACCCAUUUCUUAAGGCUUUGGCAGAAAAGGAGGAGGCUAACAGAAGUGGGAAAAUGACAAGUGUAAUAUUCAUUAGGGACUUCAAUGCAAGAGGCCAAGAAAUCUCUGGCUACAUAGAUUAUGCACACAGACUAAAGACAGAGGACUUUGAGCCAUACUUUGCAGAGAAAAAGAAACUUUUACCAAGGCCAUCAGAUUUAAGCUUUUAUAAUUGGGAAACUCAGACUUCCACAUCAAACCCAUCUCCAAACUAUCUUGUGAUGGCACAGAAUGCUACAGGAUUGAUAUUCAAAAACAAAAGGGAUCGCAAACAGCUCAUUGUAGACCCCAAGGCUCCAAACCCGGGAGACAAUUCAUACCGUUAUGUGAUAGAAACCCCAAAAUAUGUCCAAGUUGUUAUAUAUGAUCAUAUCACCAGAAGAAAAACAUAAACUGCUGAUUUUUUUGUGUCUUUAUUAAUGUAUCAUGUUUAGACUACUUUUGUUCUGUACAUUUGUAAAUAAAAUACUGUA